AUGUUUCUAUUCAUUCCUUAUCAUUCCAGAUACCUCAACAUAGUCAUAGAUUUACCAUUGCUUCCAUGCCUUAUUGACAGUAAUGGCUUAGUCAUUAGCUUGGCUCCAAUUACAAAUAGUGAUCUGACAAAGAUGUCAGAAGAGACUGAAGCUGUAUGGGUAGAAGUGUCAUCUUCUGAGUCCAUGGGUGUUUGCAAAGAGGUGCUUGAACAAUUGAUCGUUGAGACUACCACGUUCUGUCCUCAGCUCCAAAUUGAUCAGCCUUAUAUACAAACUAAAAAAAGUUCAUAAUA